CAACUGGCAAAAACCCCCGAAGCCUCUGACCAUGACGACUAUAGCGACGGACAUGAUGGUUAUGUUGCUUCGCCUACGCAUCCUGAUGUUGCUUCGCCUACAAAUUUUGAUACCACUGGGGACUUACAAAAUGUUGUCGAAACAAUCAGAAUAGAGAUGAAAACCCUGAAAAACCAGCUCACAAAAUUUCAAAAUGCUACAAACUCGGCAAUUAAAACUCUUAGGGAAGCGUCUAUUAAGAUAUCUGACGAAAGUGAGAACGAGAAUAAGGAUGAAGAAUUAAAAACCUACGGCAGGAAAAUGCGAAAAUAA